CCUGCGCCCGCCUGACGGCGCAUGGCCCCGGCGUCGCUCAGCAUGAACCCCGCUGGGCUCCAGACGUUCGGCGGGGGGCGCGCGGGGCCCGGCCCGCUGCCCUUCAGCGUCGAGUCGCUGCUGGAGGCGGAGCGCGGGCUGGACGCGGGGCCCACCGAGCCCCGGGAGGAGAGGCCACGGGGCACCGCGGAGCCCUGGGCCUGGUUCCCGCCGGCCGCCCGCUCGUCCUCCCCACGCGCCCCCAGCCCUCCGCCCUGCGCCCUCCGAAAGCACAGGACCAACCGCAAGCCGCGGACGCCCUUCACCACCGCGCAGCUGCUGGCGCUGGAGCGCAAGUUCCGCCAGAAGCAGUACCUGUCGGUGGCCGAGCGCGCCGAGUUCUCCAGUAGCCUGAGCCUCAGCGAGACGCAGGUCAAGAUCUGGUUCCAGAACCGCCGCGCCAAGGCCAAGCGGCUGCAGGAGGCCGAGCUGGAGAAGCUGAAGCUGGCGGCCAAGCCGCUGCUGCCCUCCUUCGCCCUGGGCGCGCCCCUGCCCGGCCCCCCGGCCGCGUACGCGGGCGCAGCGGGCUCCCCGCCGCAGGCGCCAGGACUCGUCGCCGCGCCCUUCGCUGCCUACCGCAUGUAUUACCUGUCCUAG